ACCCACGAUGCACUGCGAAGGAGCAUGGUUGACUUUCUGCAAGGAGUGUCAUUCCUGCGAGAAUGAAUGCGUCGUGUACGAGCUACAGCUGCUGAUAUUUCGUAAAACAUCGUAGAUCUAAGGCUGUGAAGUAACCUUAUGUGUUAUUAUUGUUAUGCCGCAAUAAUUUCAUCGAGUGGAACCGGAAAACGUCGUUAAAAUCCGCAGCACCCUCUGGUGGUAGACCAAAGCCAAGAUGGCAGGAGUUGGGGCAAAACGAGAGGGACCACAAUUCAUCAGCGACGUGGCCGUGAGGGGCAACGCCGCCGUGCUGGACUACUGCCGCACCUCCGUGUCCGCUCUGUCGGGAGCAACAGCCGGCAUCCUUGGGCUAACGGGACUGUACGGCUUCAUUUUCUAUUUCCUCUCCUCGUUCCUGCUCUCCCUGCUGCUCAUCCUCAAGGCGGGACGGCGGUGGAACAAGUGCUUUAAAUCGCGGCGGCUGCUUUUCACCGGAGGCCUUGUCGGAGGUCUUUUUACCUACGUCCUGUUCUGGACUUUCCUGUAUGGAAUGGUUCAUGUAUACUGAGCUGAUGUCCCACAAUUACCCCAAAAUGUUUCUAUAGAACGCUAUGUAAAUCAUUAGGUUUGUUUAGCCUGCUGUUUGCAGCUUACCCCUGUAGUGAAAGACUUUAAAUAUUUCUGUUGUGAGUAGAUUGUUUAAUGGACGACGUGUGAGUUUUACUGUAGGUAGGAUUACUUCUCCACUGUCCUGUUACUGUGGGCCUCUUUAGCCUGUAACACCUGGUCUGUUCUUAGACAGGGUAAUGACCACAAUUAUAAUUACUUUAGGUUUACUUGUAAAGCCAUAACAUUUACAUGGAAAACAUGUUGAAUACUGCAUCUGUGAUUGGAAUAAAAACAUCUGUACAGGUUA